UUCGCCCGCCCAAUCUUAUGUCGUGCUGCUCGUUGUUGAUGGUAGGGAGUUUUUCUUUAAAGAACGGAUCGCGUAAUGGAGCUUGUGCAUGUCAAGCAAGAAGUCAAAGACGAGUGUGUUGAAACCAAUGACGGCAGGGAAAUUCAGCCCUUCGACCGACAUCGAACGAUUUUCCAGCCGAUAGUGAUCGGAAAUACCGCCCGACUCUUCGCUAAACCGAAUUGCGAAGGCCACACCCACGAAUGGAUACUCUACGUCAAGCCUUAUUUCAAAGGGGUUGACAUGGCCAAGUUCAUUCGGAAGGUGAUCUUCGUUCUUGAGCCUCAUUACCGGAGCGUAACAUUGACGAAACCCCCAUUUGUCGUGAAGCGUACAGGAUGGGGUGAAUUCACGGUGCAGAUCAAAGUUUACAUGACCUUCUCAUCCCGAGCCCAAACUCUAAGCCAUUGGCUCCGUCUCGUAGAAUACGCCGAUAAAAACGACGAGACAUCAGAGUAUCGCUACGUGCCCUCCGUUCGUUACGAAGAAUACGAUGAGAUUGUCAUCGAGGACCCCACUGAGGCGCAGCGUCGUGCGAUGUUGACGGGAACGACAGAACCGGACCCGGAGUUCGAGCACUUCAAGCUUGAACGGGAGCAGGCACUCUGGAAAAUACGGGCUGCCAGGGAGAGAAUCCGGGCGGACAUCGAGGGAUUCGAAAAAAGGCUCGAGGCCUCACGCGCCGUCUAACUGCUAUAAGCGACGGCUCGGUGACAUACCAUCGUCCUAAUACUUUCCACGAGACACAUGUGCGAAAGAAGAUGUUCGCAGAUUAUGUGUAUUCUCAGCUUACUCGAAGCAAUCCCUACAUGGAAGACCACUUGCAGUGGGAUUCUCUCCGCAUGUGAUCACGAGUGACGAUUCUCUUCUUAAUUAUAAUUAUAUAUAUGUACAUGUCCGGAAGUAAAACUGCGGACAUUCGCGAUUCAGGAUAGAGGUGCAACAUCAUAGGUUGAAUCGUACGCCUCGGGUCGGAGGACCGGUAAGCGGCUCGCAUCCAAUGGAAUCGAUCUCGAGCAGACUCUCGGUCGAGUUGAUUGUGCAGACUGUGCGGAAUCAGGAAGGUACCUAUGCGAAACGGAACUCUGACACGAUCAUU